AUGAAGCUUGCAAAGGUUUUAUUAUCGAUACUGUUAAAAGGAAUUUUCGUUUUUACAAGCGACAAAUUUACAGCUGCUUACUCGAGCUCAACCUACUUCCUGACUUUGGAAGAUAAAUACCUCACGGGUUUUGUUGUAGAACAGUUCGAGUCUCCGAGCUUGCUUUCAUGUUCACAUUCUUGUUUGAGAACUUCCUGGUGUUCUUCUACUAACUUUAAGGAGUAUUCGAUGACAGAAACAGGCAAAUGCGAGUUGAACAGCCACGAGGUUCUCGAUGUCGACAAGGAUUUCCAUUUCCAAGAUCGCCGAGGCUCAAGAUUCUCACUUCUUCGUAAGGUAAAUUAAUCAUUCAAACUGUAAGGUGGCUGCUAAAGUAAAUAUCAAAAUUUUUCGGCAGUAUCGUUUAUAAUAAAACAUUUCAAGCUUAAAGGACAUACCUCAUCUUCCUCAAAAUUGUAUUUUGCUAACGCUCGCCUGGUUUCAGUUUAAAGUGUUAGAAAUAAUUUCCCAACACUCGUCGUUCAGUUGACUAUAUCUUUUAUUCUCUCUUUUAUUACGCAAGUUAUUACAACGAGGAUUAGCUCUGAUCUCCCUAGGAAAGUGUGGGUCACCGCUUAUAAAGGUGACACUUACGGAGCUGUCAAUCUCUAACCUUCGUCAUACUUUUACACUCAAUCAGCGAAUCACGCUAAGCUACGUAGAGCGGAGUUCGCAUACUGAGUGGAUACCUUCGCGAUGUUUACGCUUUGCAAAAUGUCUUUCUAACUUAAAUUUCUUGGUCUUACGGUCAAGUUCGGGCAAAACAAAAACGAGAUUGACGUUAUGAAAAUUAUAAUAAACUUACUAACAGAAUUAAAAUCAUACUUGAAAAGAUAUCAGAAGAGAAAAAGUCUUUAAUUAUAACAGCAGAAUUUUUAGCUACAAGUCAGUUAUCUAGUUACAAAUUCAGUGCGGAAGAUGAAAAGUCUGCAUGUUUACACUUUAAGUCACCUCUAAGAAGAAGGUGUCGAACGUGCUGAAUUAAAAACUGAAAACUAUUUUCCUGAUCGAGAAUUCGACAUGGAUUUAGCCUAAAAAUGAGAGUAUCAAAUGGAUAAAUGUAUAAAGGAGGGUUAUUUCCAGGAAAUUCCUGUACGGGAUCAAUUUUUAUAAGGUAGAGUCACUUUUUUAGUAAUUAAUUAUUUUUUUAGCAACAUAAUGAAAAUAUACUGAUAUCUAGCCGCAAACCGCAAUUUACAUCUGUCUCCAUGUCAAUUUCAAGAUCAUAACAAGGAAAAGGUAACCAAACCCUACCUGUAAGAUAAGACUGCCAAAAGGAAUAAGAAAUGAUCAACUGGCUUAUUAUAAUGUCUACUGAAUGGCUUAUGUAAAUAUGUUAUUUCCAUUUAUUUUCACGUUCAAAUAAGUCAAAAAUCACCUAUAAUGAAAUUUUGCCAGAUGCCAAUUUUGUCUUUUAACAAAAGUAGACCUUGAAGGAGUUUUACCAGUUCAAUAACCUCGAUUACUCCUUAAAAAAUACGACAAGCCAACUACAAUAUGCUAAUAAAAGAAAAAAGUUUUUCAUUAUGACAUGAUUCAAAUUGACGUUUUAUCGAUUUGCACUGACUCCAGGUAGAAAGGCAGAUUUACACAUCAUGGGCUUGUGGCGGAGGACACUAUCCACGAAAGCCCGCUAAAAUUAUAGGUGCUUAUUUGUCAGUUGUUUGAGCGAAAUUGUUUGUGACAGCAAAUUCACCAGAGGGAAAAGUUUAACUGUCCUGCCGCUCACCCAGUUAGUGGAACGAAAUGAUUAUGUGCAACAGACCAGAAUGGAGUACAUAGGAGCUUAGUUUGACAGCUUAGUCUAUAACAUGAGGCAGAAUGUUUGCCUUGUCAUAAAAUGUCAUAUUUGCAUAUCAAUAUUCUCUCGCUUCAAACGUGAAAAGCAGAAGUAUGAAUACCAUAAUGAUUCGAUUUAGCGCCCGGGGCGCUUAUUUGCUUUUGUUACCUGCAGAGAGGGCGCUUAUUCGAAACAGGGCGCUAAUCUCUUUUAUGAGAAACAGCAGUAUAGUAUGUCAACGAAGCUUUGAUGUUCAUUUGAUUGAGGAUCAAAAAGACUGUAAAGUAGACUUGUUGUCCUUUAUGUUUCUUUACAGACUUAUCCUCUUUAUUCGGAUAGUUUGAAAGGGUCAGUUACAUAUUAAAGCAAAUAAGCCCGCCGAGUUAUGCUAGCUAAUUUUGCAAAAGUUUUAAUUUCUCGCCAAAUCUCAGCGCUAUUUAGGCUCAAAGUCACCACGUGAUCAUUGAGGUGUCUCUUCUUCCUUAGAUUAAUUUAUUUGUUUGUUCGUUCGUUCAUUUAUCAAUUUGGUUACCUAUUUAUUUUUGCGAAUCAGAGCUUUUCUGUACUUAGAGAAGAACACGAACUUUUUCCUUUUCUCUGCAGAGGCUAAGAUAAAAAAAAUUGAGUCUUUCUAAACUCAAACACUCUCAAGAAAGCUUGUCAAAGAUCAAAUGUUGUAUGUUUGACUUAAAUUUACACACCCGUACUUUCAGAAAAAGGAAUGUUAUAUUUUUUCAUAAAUAAUCUAUUUCGGGGUGUUUCAUCUCUGUGUGAUAGGAUUGUGCGCUGACUGGCUGCCUUAAUGGUGGGUCAUGCCUGUUUGAUGAGAAGAUACAAAGAUUUACAUGCUCUUGUAAACUACCGUGGACCGGAGACAAUUGUGGAGUUAACGUAACAGGUAAGAAAAUCUCAUCAGAUCUCAAUCAGAUCUUUACGCUGUAAAUCAAAUUACCUUUCACUGGGAGGGUUUCAGUUAAAUUAGAUUCGCCGGAACCGAUGCCCCUUAGAAUCUCGCUUUUAAAAAAGAUUUGCUAACCUUAUAAAAAAAUAGCAUGUUCUUCGAUGAAAAAUUGUCCUUUGAUCAACAGAUAAUAUGGUUUAUCUAAAAGGUUGUUGAUCAAAAAUGUUAUAAGUCUGAGACACUAUGAGUCCAUAUUAACCUUAAUAUUGAUACAGUGCUAUCUCAACCUCUAAUUAAGACAUCCUAGUUGCCUGUCUCAGGUUUAACUAUAUACACAUUUAAAGCUGAAACAACAAUCUUUGACUGCGAAAAAUGA